UUUCCUUUUCCCCCACAGGAGAAGUUACAGGCUGAGGAAGAUCUCCCUUGGCUCAAAGCUGUGCCAUCUUGGACAAGGGGUGAUGCAGCUCUUGCGUAAUGUGGACUCUCUAUCCUAAGGUACAGUGGUCACUCAUCAGCAACUUGGGCCCACCUUCCUGCCUCCUUGUUUGCUGGGAAUUACCAGUUAGCCAUCCUCCAGAUUAAAAGUUGAAGUUAUUCUGAGAAAAAAAUACACACACAGGAUUGAAACUACUCCAGCAUUCUGGUGGGCCUCUUUUCCUGGUGGAGAUGUCUAAGAGAGAGGUCAGUGGUACAAACUAUAAUCCUCACAACUGAAGACUCAGGCCUGCGAGUGGAGGAAGAUCUAAGAAGAACUUACCUUUGGAUGAACUAUUUUCAACUAUGGCCUCUUAGGAGACUGUGGUCUCCGCCUGCUCUAAUCCCAGUAAGGAGAACACCUGUCCCCCAGGUGUUGCUAACUGCUCAUUGUCUUUUCCACAGGACCAGGCUGCAGCCAGGGCCCAGGCCACAGAAACCAACUCUGGACAAGUAGCUGAGGUAGAGAAUAGGAAUCAAAGGAAUAACUGAGGAGAUGAGGCCAACAGAAAGAUUGAAUGAGGAAAUCUGGGAGGAGCCUAACAAGAAGAACACGUGGAUUUUCUUUUCAGGUGGUUGACCAGAUUGAUACCCUGACCUCUGACCUACAGCUGGAGGAUGAGAUGACCGACAGCUCCAAGACGGACACCCUGAAUAGUAGCUCCAGCGGCACGACGGCCUCGAGCAUAGAGAAGAUCAAAGUGCAGGCCAAUGCCCCUCUCAUUAAACCCCCCGCACACCCCUCUGCUAUCCUCACCGUCCUGAGAAAGCCAAACCCUCCGCCGCCUCCCCCACGGUUGACACCUGUGAAGUGUGACGACCCCCAAAGAGUGGUGCCAGCCGUCAAUCCUCUAAAGACCAAUGGAACCCUUCUGCGAAACGGAGGCUUGCCAGGGCCGCCAAACAAAAUUCCCAACGGAGAUGUCUGCUGCAUCCCCCCCGGUACCUUGGACAAGGCUCCAGCACAGCCUCUGAUGCACAGACCUGAAAAAGACAGAUGUCUCCAGGCAGGACCUCGGGAACGAGUUCGGUUUAAUGAGAAAGUGCAGUACCAUGGCUACUGUCCGGACUGCGACCCCCGGUAUAACAUAAAAAACAGGGAGGUCCACUUACACAGCGAACCUGUCCACCCACUGGGAAAGCUUCCUCACCCAGGCCCCCCGCUUCCUCCUCCACCCCACCUCCCUCCUUUCCCCCUAGAGAAUGGGGGACUGGGAAUAAGCCACAGUCACAGCUUCCCCCCUCUCAGACCUGCAACUGUGCCUCCUUCCACUGCACCAAAACCACAGAAGACGAUCUUGAGGAAAUCAACCACUACCACAGUGUGAUGUAUGCCAUUUCAAAAACUUUUUGUGCUUUUUUUUUAAUUUCUAUAUUAUAAACAUAAAAUAAUAAGUAAGGAGCACUUUCUACUCAAGCAAUAAAAAGCCCAAAUAUAUUAAUUCUGCAUUCAGCAAAGUGGCAUAAAAAAACCACCUGGUAAGUAUGCCGUGUGUUGUUUCUAUCCCAGGUUUAUGUUAUUUAAAAAGUUGCAUCACCAGAAACCACAGAACCAUGAAAAGGCUGAAUAUGCUAUGUGUGUGUGUGUGUGUGUGUGUGUGUGUGUGUGUGUGUGUGUGUUUAACUGACCUGUGAUAAACAGUGAUCUGCAGGUUUCAAAUAGUUUGGUUUACUAUAAGAGAUGGAAUUAGAUUCAUUUUAUUCAUGCCUAACUCAUCUAUGCAUUAAUAACAUAUCACCUCCCCCAACUUCGACCCGAUGCUUUUUAGGAAGAAAUUUUAAUACUGAAGGACUAUUUUGUUAUUUUUUUUCUAAAGAUGUUUGUCACUAGUUUUACAUUAUUAAAUGCUGAGAACAAUACCAAAAAGUUUAUUUUCUAUACUAUACAAUUAUAUGUUCAAGCUAUGUAAUGAAAGAUUUUGUCUGUGGAAAUGUCAUGUGUCAAUAAACAACAGUACAUAAUGGCAAAAUCAGAUGUUCCUCAGAAUUAAAAUGCAGCAGUGGUUCAUUUCAUCCCUACUCAUUUCACCGAAAUGGGUAGCUAUUCUGACAGAGUGUGGAGAAGAUUACAGUGAGCAUAUGCCAGAAUUUUCCAAGUUCACUAUCAUAGUCAGGUCAUAAAUAGUACUUCACGCAUUUUCAUAGGAUGUAUUGUGGUCCCCCCAAGACCGUAUAUGGAGUGUCCCGUUGACCCAGUACAUGGCCAAGCCCUUUAAGGCCCUCCUCACACUGAGCAUUCCUCCAGGACAUACCAUAAACCAGAAUGUUGAAGCAGUGGGAUGGUUUGCCUCCUGCAUCAGCAAGCUCUCUGCCUUCCAAGGAAAUCCCUAUUUAUCAGAACUACAGCGGAAAAUAAAGAGGCUUCUGGAAUAGGAUGUUUUUAGUAUCAGCCUUAACGCUGUUUCCCCUCAGAGUUGAAAUAUGUCAGGGGUCUUUGUCAUAUUUUAGGAGGAAGAGAAGAAAUUCUUCCUUCCUAACAUCUUACAAAAGCCCUCUCUUAAGUCUAACUUGCCAGCUUACGUCACUUACCGAUCCAUGGACCACGUUAACUUCCCAACUACUGUGAUGUGGACUGAUCGGAUAUUUUGUGAACUAGAAAUGAGCUUAUCUGUCCUAGAAUUAUGAAAACAGGUGCAUACCUGAACAAAAGUUGUCCAUGACGUGGCAAGAGUAGAGGGAUUCAUCUUUGGUCGAAAUUCGUUUAUUGCGCAGCUUAAUAAAGGAUGCUUUAAUCUUUUAGACUA